AUGAACAAGGAAUGUAGUGCCCUCAUCAAGAAGGAUGUACUCCUAAAGAAAAAGGAUCCGGGGAGCUUUCAUAUUCCCUAUACCAUAGGAGAGACAAAAAUUGACAGAGGACUCUGUGAUCUAGGGGCUAGCAUAAAUGCGAUGCCUCUGUCUCUUAUGAAGAAGUUGCAAAUCAAUGAGAUGAGAUCCACGGAUGUAAUCAUCCAAUUGGUGGAUAAAACUCAGAAGCAGGCCGAAGGAGUAGUCGAAAAUGUAUUGGUGAAAGUGGGAAACUACUUCCUCCCCACUGACUUUGUUGUUCUGGACAUGGAGGAAAGUUACCUCCAUCCCAUUAUUCUGGGGAGACCAUUUCUAGCCACUGCUACAGCAUUGAUAGAUGUGAAACAAAGAGAGUUAAUCCUAAGAAUAUAUGAUGAACAUCUCACCUUUCAUAUUUUCAAACCUAUAUCUGAGUUUGAACCAGAACCUAAAGAGCCGAAGGAUGAUCACAGCAACAUGUGCACAAAGGAAAACAACAGUGAAUCAGCAGCUGAACCUUUGAAACAGUCUUUGGUGAACAAGUAA